AAUCAAAACUUGGUUCAACGAUACUAAUCAGUACUGAGCAAUUUUUAUCAUUAAUUUACAACAAUCUUGCAGUUUCAACUGGUGGAUUUGGUGUCAAAUUUCAUGUAAAAUGCAAACCUUGCAAGACUGUUAGUGAAUUUAUUAACAAAUCAGAAACCAAUUUCAAUGCUUGUGUGGCAGCAGCAGGAUUG